AUGACCUCUGUAGAGGGUAAUGAUGACAAAGUUAAUACGGAUACAGUGAAGUCAGAAAUAGUUACAAAUUUCCAUCCAGUACCUGAUUCCGUGUUAAAAAAUCACGAGCUGUUUGUUCUUAAAACUACCCUAUCUAUUCUCAACAAUCCUGACUUGGUACUUGGAGAUCUAGAUAAACUGCCUAACAGGCUGCCUGAACUUCCUUCCUUUACUAUAAAAGAAAGACUUUCUGACAAUAAUGACUCUUACGUUUUGGGGAAAGGCGACCUCAGUGGGGAGGCUAAAAUUGAUAAGCAAGGACAUUUGAAAGGUAGUAGAAACUACUUAUUUCCAACUUUCUCAUACUCGUGUCCUGAAAACAAUAAUUCAGAAAAUCUAUAUGUGUUAGUGAGAGACUUAAUCAAGGCUUUGAACCUGAAUGAUGACGAACAACACUUUUUGCAGAAAUAUUCCGACCUUUAUCCAAUGGAUGCACCAGAUAAUCUUUUGGAAUACUUAAAAUCCAAAAAGGCUUUGCCAAAAGAUGUAACUUCAGCUAAAUAUACCACGGCAAGAUCUGCUUUUCUUGUGUUUGGUGCUGCGAUAUUGGCUUCUGGUUCAAGAGUUAUCGAUGAUUACUGGGAACAACUUUCAAAAGAACAGGGAUUUCAAACGCAACACAGAGUUUACAUACUCUCCGCAAAACUUAUUGAUAUGAUACACGCUAUUGAGCCCAAAUUUUCGCAUCACGUAACCACACUUAAUACCAACACAACUUUAGAGUCGCAAUCAAAAACUCCAUCUAGUAUAGAUGGAAUUCGUGUUAAUCAGAAUUCAAGUACCGAUCCGGAUCCACAAUUUGAGAAUCCUUUCUUAACGGUGACUGAAAUCCCUUCUACAGAAGUAAGAAGAGAAUUUUUAAAUCACCUUGCAAAUGGAAAUCCUACAGCUAUCAUUGCUGGGCAGACUAUACACGGAUCAAUAGAAUUGAGUAACGCUUACAAAAUUCCAAAAUAUCACUACAAAAACUCGUUUGCCUCUGCCCAACAAAACAAUGCCCUUGAUACACCAAUCGGCACGCAUACUCAUCCAGUUGAAUCACAUAACUUUGGUAGAGGUCGUAAGGCAAAUUACGUGCCGCCAGAAGAAACAGACGUAUUGGCCCAAAUUCCAGGAUGGAAAUUUACGCAGCUUCCUACAACCACAAAUCAAGAACUUCCGACGACUUUCAGUUCUGGUGGGCUACCGAUUUAUAAUAAAUUAAAGUUACCAAGUAGGCUCAAGGAAUUAACACCUAACCAAAUUAAAGAUUUAGAGCGCUCGCACGAUGUUGUUCAAUUGAAUAAAGUAUUAGGUAAUGUUAGAAAGGUACGAAAUAGUCGAUGGACAAAAUUCUGGCAAUACAAAGCAGGGGUUCCUGUGGGAUUGACAGAAGAACAGAUUCCUUAUUAUAAAUCUCGCUACCUGCAAAAUGUUUUGGACCACGUUGAGGUGAAUAUUGUGCCAAAUGAUCUUAAAAACGUUGAUGAGAAGCAUACCGUUAAAAGGAUUCCAAACCCGAACUUUAUAGGAUAUUCCAAUAUAAGCGGCUUUAAACCUCCCUUUAUUGAUAAACCUUGA